AUGCUCGUAACCGUAACGGAAACUGUGGGUUACGGUUCGUAUCCCGUCGCUCGUAAAAGACCAACGGAUCCUUCGCCAGGAACCGGAUCGGAUCCUACGACCGUAUCCGAAAAUAUGAUCCGUGUCAAGGAAUCAAUUGGAAGAGUAUUGGAAGCGGAUGGCCGGAUACGAACGGUUCAUAUGCUCGUAACCGUAACGGAAACUGUGGGUUACGGUUCGUAUCCCGUCGCUCGUAAAAGACCAACGGAUCCUUCGCCAGGAACCGGAUCGGAUCCUACGACCGUAUCCGAAAAUAUGAUCCGUGUCAAGGAAUCAAUCGGAAGAGUAUUGGAAGCGGAUGGCCGGAUACGAAGUCAGAUUCCCAUUGCAGGAAAUCAUGGGAAAGUCAUUGAUCCCGCCGGUUCUUGUCGUACAGCUUUGACAUGGGUAGUAGGGAAUAAUCCAAUGAUAAUUUCAAAUUGGGGCACUACAGACACUGUAGAUGACACAACAACGAGCAUUACUUUGCCCUUCUACGUGGAAUUUUACAACUAUCGAACAUUUACUCUUACGUUGUCAAGCAAUGGAGUUGUGUGUUUUGGUGGAUGCUCAACGGCCUAUAGGAACACAAACUUGCCAAGUAGCUCCUUUUCCAACGCAACGAUUUUUGCGCUCUGGGAUGAUCUAUAUCUUGCACAUGACACAACAUCUGAAGGCAUCUAUUAUUCGACAACUGGAGGAGUUCCAAAUCGACAGUUCACCAUUGAAUACUACGCUUCACGCAGUUCGAAGCUUUAUCGUUUUCAAGUUAUCUUCGAUGAAAAUUCUCUGGGUAUUGUUACCAUUCGAUACUUUCAGGCUGAUGAUGGAGGAGUAAGUGCCACUAUUGGGGUUCAGGAGUCUUCCACUGGAUCUUUCAUGCAAUACGCCGCUGACAAGGCAAAUGCUGUGCCUGUGGAUUCAGCAAGCACAAUCAGUCCGACCUUGACAUUAAUAUUCAAUUCGAAAACCAAUACAUUCACCAAAACUCCCUGA